UAACACACAGUACAAGUCUUCCCCUUUUCACCAAACAUGAACAACAAGAUAACUCUUAUUUCACGGAUUUCCCCCAAAUCUUGGAUCCAAGAUUUUUAGGGUUUCUGGACCAAUCUUCUCCGCCACUCUUCCCACUCUCUUCCUUCCCCUUUCCCAUUCUUUCUAUCAUCUCCACCAUUCCAGAGAGGCUCCUUCACUCCAAACCUAAAAGAAGCCAACCGGAAGUGUGUUUUUGCUGCGAAUUAGGGUUAGAUUGUUUGAUGGGAUUGUGAUCUUGAGAGUGGUGAUAGUUUGUUAACCGAUGCUAUGAGGAAGAAAAGGAAAGGAAGCGAGACUGAUGCGACUGGUGAUCUGCCGGUUGUUUUGGCUCCUAAUAAUCAUGGCUCUGCUUCGUCAAAUUUGAAGUCCCAUUACUCGCUAGAAGAUUGUUUUAGGUUGAAGAAGAGGUGUAAGGAGGAUGCUGACACAGAGCCAGCUGCUUCCUUUAAAAGGAGGCUUGCUGGCAUUGCUACUGCACCGCUGUGUGGGACGUCGUCUUUGAUCACCCCGGGGAGAGGGCUCAAGAGGAAGAUAGGUUGCAUUGAUGUUGCUACCCAAAUGGGUAGGAAGAAGAAGAUUGAGGAUGAUUAUGUGUCUGGUGAGACCAUUGGGCAAGGCAAGUUUGGGUCUGUUUGGCUGUGUCGGUCCAGGGUUAGCGGGGCAGAGUAUGCGUGUAAGACCCUGAGGAAGGGGGAGGAGACGGUUCAUCGAGAGGUUGAGAUAAUGCAACACUUGUCUGGACAUUCUGGGGUUGUGACACUGCAAGCUGUUUAUGAAGAAGCAGAGUGCUUUCAUCUUGUCAUGGAAUUGUGCUCUGGGGGACGGCUCAUCGAUCAAAUGGUUAAAGAAGGUCCAUGUUCAGAACAGCGGGCUGCUAAUGUGCUCAAGGAAGUGAUGUUGGUCAUCAAGUAUUGCCAUGACAUGGGAGUUGUGCACAGAGAUAUCAAACCUGAGAAUAUUCUGCUCACAGCAUCUGGAAAAAUAAAGCUUGCAGAUUUUGGCCUGGCCAUGAGAAUUUCAGAAGGUCUGAACUUGACUGGUUUGGCUGGAAGCCCUGCCUAUGUUGCCCCAGAAGUAUUGUUAGGAAGUUACUCUGAGAAGGUGGAUAUAUGGAGUGCUGGAGUGCUCCUGCAUGCUCUGUUGGUAGGCAGUCUUCCAUUUCAAGGAGAUUCAUUGGAAGCAGUUUUUGAGGCUAUUAAAACCGUCAAAUUAGAUUUUCAAAACGGGAUGUGGGAAUCAAUAUCUAAACCUGCACGAGACCUUAUUGGGAGAAUGCUGACAAGGGAUAUUUCAGCAAGGAUAUCAGCUGACGAAGUACUUAGGCAUCCAUGGAUAUUGUUCUACACGGCACAUUCAUUGAAGAUGCUCCCCGUCAAAACAAAAUUGAAGAACCAAAUGGGUGCCACAUGCCAACAGCUUGCUGUGCCUGAACCAAGAUUUGGAGCAAAUAGGAUAGACAAUUACUCACUUAACGAGGGUUCAUCCUCUGAAAGUUGCAACUCAGAUGAUGAGGAUGAAUGCGUGUUAAUUGAUGUGCUUGCCUCUGCAAUUUCACAUGUGAGGAUAUCUGAACCAAAGAGGAGCAGGUUGUGUGGUCCAACGGGUCCUAUAGUUCAGCAAGGUUCAUCUAACAUGAAGGCUAACAACCUCUGUAAAGCAUUUUGACCUACUGACAGGCUGACAGCACUAUCUUGACUUGACUGUUCUUGCUGGGAUUGUAGAAUUUACUUUCCCUCAGCACAUCACAGUGGACAAAGGUGAAUUUUACAUGCUGACCAAUGUUAAGUUGGCCUGGGUGCCGCUUCCCCUCCAAGUUCCUUUAUAGUUUGAGAUCUAAUGCAUUUUUCCCCCUUUGCUUAACAACCUAAUAAGGAUUGACUGAAAUAAUUGUACAGCAUCUGUAAAUAGAAUGGUAAUGUGUCAUUUUCUUGUUAUCGCUGGUUUAUGCAAGUUGAAUAUUUUAUGCUUUCA